CUUAAAUAAACACCCAAGGGAGCAGCAUAGGCUACAACCAUUAUUUCCACCAUGUUGGCAGUCCAAAUCAUCUCCAAAGAAACCAUCAAACCCUCCUCCCCAACCCCCCAAAACCUCCACUCCCUGCCACUCUCUCUCCUCGACCAAAUCGCACCUCAAAUCUACAGCCACAUCCUCCUCUUCUACUCCAAGAAUCCACCACAAACACUCAUUCAAUUGAAGUCAUCCCUCUCGAAAACCUUAACACACUUCUAUCCAUUAGGUGGAAGGAUUAAAGCUUCCAAGGAUGAUAACACUCUCUAUGUGGAGUGCAAUGAUGAUGGUGUAGAGUUCAUCCAUGCCCAAACAAACGCCGAGCUCGACUCCGUCCUCCUCCAACCUCCCAUCGAUCAAUUCAACGAGCUCCUACCAAUCAAAGCAAGCAACUUCCGAUAUGGUGAUCCCCUCCUUGCGGUGCAGCUCACUUGGUUCAAACCUCACGGAUUCGUGCUAGGUUUCUCCAUCUCCCACCUCAUCGCCGACGGCGCCUCCAUGGCCAUGUUCCUGAACCGCUGGGCCGACGUCGCCCGCGGGCUCGAGUUGCAUCCGGCUCCCCGGUUCGACUCCAUGGCCGCGUUCCCUCCUCGGCCUCAGUUCACCACCAACCAAGCACCGAAGCAAGAGAGCGGUCAACCUGCUGCGAUUAUAAAGAGGUUCGUGAUGAGCCCGAGAGCGAUAGCGAGGCUGAGAGGAGGAGGCGGCUACGACAAUGGCCGAGUGCAUGCACCGACGCGCAUCGAGGCGCUGUCGGCGCUGGUCUUGCGUUGCCUCGUGCGAGCGCGAGGGGAGGCGGCGCGAGGGAAGAGAGCGGUCGCUGCGCACUCUGUGAACCUUCGCAGGAGGCUGUCGCCGCCUUUAUCGGAUGAAUCCUUCGGGAAUCUGUGGAUCAGCGUGGCCGCGGUGGGGAAGUUGGUAGGAGAUGGGUGUGAUGAUGGAAGUGGGCAGGGGGUGUUGGAGGAGGCUUUAAGGAAUGGGGUGAGAGAGGUGGAUGAAGAAUAUGUGAGGAGGAAAGCUGAGGAGAGGUGGUUGGGGAGGGAUGGGAUGGAUGGAGUGGUGGAGGGGGACAGUGAGGUUUGGAUAUUUAGUAGUUGGUGCAGGAUGCCAUGGUAUAAGACCGACUUUGGGUGGGGAGAGCCAGAGUGGGUUGGAUGUGGGAUCAGUGAUAUGAAGGAUGUUUGUAUACUGAUUGAUACCAAGGAUGGGGAUGGAAUGGAGGUUUGGUUGUGGUUGAGAGCAGAGGAGAUGGAGAGGGUGGAGAGGGACCCUGAAUUCCUGGACUUCAUCUCCUCUUAGAUUGCAAACAGAGCAAAAUGUUUGCUAGCAGGAAUAUUAAGAUUUUUGAGGAAUUAGCAUAAAUAUAGGGAUGUCUGCUGGGCUAAUUAGACCAAGGGAUUUCUUAUCCAUUGUAAGAAAGAUGAUGGAUUUGUUGUUUGAUAUUUUCUUCAUUAAGAGAGAGCUUCAAUUGUGUCAUUAAAUGGCUUAUUUGAUAUAAAGAAUGCAAGUUAUGAGAACAGAGGCAUGGUGAAGAACAAGAUGCCAGGAAGGAGACAGAGUGUGUAUUUGAUAUUAUGUUUCAGUUUAAAAACUUGUGAACAAUAUCCUAAUUGAAUGUCCUAUGCUUGGACCAUAAUUAAUCAUCUAUGUUACAUAACAACUGCAAUCAUAUUGCAAGUAGAAUGGUCCUAGCUGAGGUUUGGUCUUCACCUACCAUCUAGGAAGUAAGAAUUCAGCAAUGCAUGCACUCUUGGUUUAGGAAAAUUAUUAGAUGGAACAGAUCAUAUUUAAACUAUUCAAGAUCAAAACAGGGGUGAGAAUUCAUCCUGUACGUGCUCCCCGGGAUGAUGCCAGCAAGAAUAAAUUUCAAUAAAAGCAACCUGAGGUGUUACUGACAUGGAUACGAUGCUGAAGAAGUUAACUAAUAAAGAAAAAAGGGACACUUUUUGAAAGAUUAAAGUAGUUCGGAACAUUUUCCCUUCUUCCUCCUUCCCAUGGGAGUGGUGGUUUUGGAUCGUUGAAGAGUGAUUCCCUGCUAUAGAUCUCGUGUCAGAUCUUGGUCGUGCUACAAAAGUCAACGCCCUUUUCUAACGAUUGCAGUGGCGCCGGCGGCCGGACGGGUUCUAACAGCAAAUCUUUACAAGAGGAGAGCGGUGUUAGUUUUUUUAGUCCCACAUCGGAUAAAGAAGAGGCACUGGCCGGCGCAAGCGACUAUAAAGCGUAAGCGAGGGCAACGGUGGAUCCAUACUUACCUGGACGGGGUCAAUGGGUGAUCAAGAAGGCCCAUGGCCUAGGUCAGGGGCCCACAUUGCACUUGGUGGGGGCCCUGGUCUACCAUCUCCCCAAGUGGGAGAGUGGACGUCAUAAUUUGUGGUAGAGGGGG